AUGAGUUCCUCAUCCUCCUCAAGCAACAACUUCAACCCUCUCGCCGGCAACAAAAAGCCCGAGGAGCAGAGACAAACCUACACCGAGUGGGCCAAGGAGACAUACAAUGAUCAAUAUGAGAAAUGGAUGCCCUGGAUGGAAGACCAAUACCUGAAGUGGUUUGGCAAAGGUGACAACAAGGCUUCGUAUGCCACAAAGGGUUCCUGGCAUCUACGCAACCUUUCUCCCUUUGAACUCACAUGGAAGAAUUCCCCCAAGGCUAACCUUCCUUUUCCUUCCGUUCUUCGCUCGUUUCUAUUAGAUACCCUCUCCAACACCAAAGUCACUGGUAUCAACCAAGUAGACCAGCUCCAAGAUGACACCAACAAUCUCAUUGGCAACCAACUCGGUGAGAACGGACUCCUAAAGCCCGUGGGACAGUUCGUCUCCAAGGAAGGCAUCAACCGUGCCGAGCGCAACGGCAAAGAUGAAUCUGGGUCCUACGCCGGUCCUGCAUCUGGAGUAUGGGAGAAGAGCAAAGAGGGUGCGGGUAAUGUUGGCUCGGGGCUGGCAUCGGGUGCGGAGUCCGCGUCGAAUGCCACGAUAGGCAAUAUCCCUGGUGUCAAGGGAAUUAUGGGGGGUGGUGAGAAGAAAUGA